AUGGCACGCCUCAAGCAAGCCGAGGUCGCCCAGGACACUCUACACACCGGCUUACCAGCCAAGCCUAAAGUUGUCCAGCAUCCCCCACUCAAACCCUCACCAGCCAGUCCCCCGCGCCAUGCUCGCAAUCAUCUCCGCCUGUCGCGGUGGGAGGCGGCCGGCCCCUUCCCGGCAGGCAUGCGCGAACAUCCACUCACCGCCUCACCUCUAGCCGCGUUCGGACGCUUCUCUGAUACCGCCGCCUAUACCGACCCAGAACUCGCCUUUGCUCAUGCGACCUACGGAGAAGGUGACUGGCCGAGCGAACUGCCCACCGGCGGGCGCGCGGGAUGGGCAACGUUUGACGACAAGGACGGGGAAGUCGAGGUCGCGUAUCCCGACGUACGAUGGACUCAGCUCCGCGCUGACCAUGGGUGGGCGGCGCUACAAUACUCGGCUCUACUGCGUACACGGAUCACCAUUCCUGGUACUGGUGAGCUCACGCGCGUGCUCGUCGACGCGGCACAGGCCGUCGAGUACGCUUUCGUUGGUUCCUCAGACCAACUAUUGAAAUGGUACGCUGGCGAUAUUUAUGGCUUUGGCGAGACGCCGUCCGGCAGGGCUGGGGCGGAGGGUGGACCAUCCAAUUUCGCUCGUGCGCUCGCUCUGCCUCCAGGCGAGUACGUGCUCUUGGUGCGCGCGUUGUACGAGUGUCGCAUGUUCGGCGACCCGGGAGAGAAGCCACCCACUAUCAAGAUCGGGAUGCGGGUGUUCCUCGACGACACGACCGCACCUGUCUCUCCACUGGCUCCCCCAAACGUAACCAUCGUCCCCGGGCUCAGCGUCGUACCAGACGUCAUGGACAAGUGGGCACUGGGACGCUGGAUAAGCGUUGCCGUGCGCGUACCUCCACUCAACGCUUCCUCUUGCUCCCCGGAGGAGGACCAGGUCGUUGAGGUCAGCGCCGAGGGGUACGGCGACGGCUUUACCUGCAUCUCGAGGGAUAACGUACGCAUCGCACCGGGCCAGACACGAUCUGUGCCGCUCAUGAUGCUCCAGGCCGGACAGUCGAACGCGCGCGAGAUCGAGAUCAUCCUCAGGCUCAUGCAGGGCAAGAAGGAGUGGCGGGUGGAUACCCGCAUACCGCUCAAGCACGUCUCGUCCCGCGAGGGCAAGCCGGUGACAAUGACGGUUCCCGGUUUGUUGCCGGAAAUCCCUCCGGUCGUGUCCACUGCCAUCGUGCUCCCACCCUUCCCCUACUCCAACACCACCAACGCCCCGCCAGUCCUCCUUGCCCUUCACGGUGCUGGCGUACCGACACCUUCGAACGAGUGGAUCGCCGCGAUGCCUCGCCUACCUGGAAUGUGGGCCGUCCUCCCCUCCGGCCGCACCGAAUGGGGUGAGGACUGGCACGGCGGGAGUCUUAGCGAUGCGUGGGCCGCCCGCGUUGCAUUCGCGACUCUGAUCUCGAUCAUGGGCCACAAUUUGUCAAACGACACGGUGCUGAUCGGGCACAGUAACGGCGGCCAAGGCGUGUGGCACAUGGCCGCGCGCUAUCCAGACAAAUUCCGUGGCAUGAUUGCCGUAGCCGGCUACACCAAGAUACAAGACUACGUUCCAUACACCGAGUGCACAAGUGCGCACUACGCCGACCCAGCAUUGCAGGGUAUUCUCUCCGCUGCCCUCGCGCCGUACAACAACGACCUGUACCUGUCCAACCUCGCCAGCAUGCCAGUCCUCGCAGUCCAUGGCGCGGACGACGACAACGUCCCACCUCGCCAUGGGCGCGCCCAGACAGCCAUUCUGUCGGCGUGGCUCGACUCGGCCGCACCAAAGGACGUUCGUUUCGUCGAGGUCCCGAACGUCGGACACGUGUGGGACGGCGUAUUGCGACACCCGGCGAUCCUGGACUUUCUCACCAACCUACCACCGAAGAAAACAGCCGACCAAGUCCGCACAGCCGGAUUCACCCUCGCCACGGCCAAUCCGGACGAGACGGGCCCAAAAGCUGGGAUCCGUAUCGCCGAACUCGCUGUUCCCGGCCGCCUGGCGCGACUUGACGUGAACGCGCGCCAGUGGCGCCGACCAGGGAUGCCGGCCCUCGACUUGCACGGUACGAAUGUGCGUCGUAUCGAUAUCGCGGGCUGGGGCAACGAGGCCAAGUCGCUGGUGUGGUCCAAGGCCGAGCGCGCGUUUGUCGAUCACCCGCCCACCGCUCCACGGAGGUAUGGGCCGAUGCUGCGUCUCCUGGACUCUGCUGGUCCGUUGGUCCUAGUCGUUGGUUCAGGACCAAAAGCGGCCCGCGCGCAAUGCAUUGCGACACGAUACGCCCACGACCUGAGGGUAUAUCAUCGCCUCGACGCAGUGCUAGUAGACGAGGAUGCCGCCCUCCGUGGCGUCGCGGACAGUUCACUGGGCUGGGGCAAUGUGAUUGUCCUUGGCGGGCCAGAACAGAACCAGUUCGCCGCGUGGAUGCUCGCGCAGAAGCACGUCCCUGUGUCGUUCCCUACGCAGGGUGUCAUGACCGUCGAGGGAAGAGUGGUAUGGGAGGAAGGCACAGGUAUCAUCACCCUCCUUCCGCACCCUCUUCUCCGCACCUCGCUCGCCUGCCUCGUUGCUGGUAACGACGAGCUCGGCCUCGAACUUGCCGCGCGCCUACUUCCGCUGCGCACGGGCGUGCCGGUACCCGACUGGGCUAUUGUCUCGCCCAGGAUGCGGUGGCAAGCGGCUGGAGGGCUCGUGGGUGCGGGAUUCUGGGGUGCAGACUGGGGGUGGAACGAGAGCAUGAGCUGGUUUGACCGCGAGUAG